GAAACGUCACCGUAUUUUUCUCGACGCAGCUGACGAUGUAAACAAGAGAAGACAGUCGAGGGCAACAGGGAGCAAACAGGCCGGUAUCACCGCAAAUGGUAGCCAUUAUAUGUUCGUAAACGGCUGACAUGGGGCUGCCUGUGACUAUUAAAGUGAAUUUUCGGGGGAAUGUGAAGAGGUUCCUGGCCCAGGAUUUGGAUAAAUUGGAGUGGGAGUCCGUUGAAGCCUGGGUAAGCUGCUAGCGGAGCGUGUUGGCUAAACGCUGGCGCAGUUUGGUGGAAAGCAGGCCCGGACAUGGCCUAGGCACGUAAACAAAAGACCACCUGAAGGACAGUCGAUAAUAAAACAUCAAGAUGUGUUUAUAAGUGGUGAUGUUUAAGCUGGGGAGUAUGUUAGGAAAUCAGCGAUAUGUCCUGUUUUUGCUGAACUCAACGUGCAGAUAUUGAUGUUUUUAUAACACGUGUAAGAGGAGGGAAAUGGUCUAAAUCUGAUCCUAGCCUCUUUAUUUUUACAGAUUAAAGCAUCUUUUGGGAUCAACCAUUUCCAAGUGAAAUACUUCGAUGAGGAUAAUGAAGAGGUAAGGAGGGAGUGUCUGUAAAUAUUUGCAUUGCUGUAGCUGUGGCUGUAGUGUUGUUAUCUUUCAUUACAAGUAUUAUAAUCAUGGUUUACUUGGGUGUUACAAUAUUGACUCAUUCUGAUCUUAUUCAUUCUGUUUCAGAUCUGCAUAAACAGCCAAGGUGAGUAAUUUGCUUUUAACUUAUUUAUCUUAAUCUUAGUAUGUAUGUGAGAAAGGAUUUAACUCAUAAAAGUGAGUUGAAAGCUCUUGUGAGGAAUUUUCUGUUGGUUGUGAAACUUAAUUUAAUGUUUCUGUGAUCUAUUUAGGCAGACCAGACUUCUGUAAAGUUAGUUUUUAUGUGUGUCAGGCAAGGAUGUUAACAGCAGGCUACAGAAAUAGACUUUUGUACCUUUUCCACAGCAGAGUUUAUAAAAUGUAGGAGUUCAUAGUAGAGGUUUUUCACCAGGAACACAAUUUAAAUCUGUACAGAACAAAACAAGCAGGCACUAUAUAUGUUGCUGUGUAUUUAUAUCAGCAAAAACCAGGAGAAACUCACAGGUAAAUUAUUAAUGUUGAUCCUCUUUACUACCUACAGAAACAAACAAAAACCAACAGUUGCAAAAAGUGGUUUCUUUGCCUUAUCAUUUAAAACCUGCGAUGGAGCAAAUUCAAGUAUCAAAGCCUUUUAUAGGUGGAAAAAACGUAUUGUUAUUUUUCGUAGUAUCUGUGUGAGAGAGGAUUUAAUUCAUGAAAGUGAGUUGAAAUCUCUUGUGAGGAAUUUUCUGUUGGUUAUGAAACAUAAUUUAAUGUUUUGUGAUCUACUAAGGCAGACCAGACUUCUGUAAAGUCAGUUUUUAUGUGUGUCAGGCGAGGAUGUUAACAGCAGGCUACAGAAACAGACUUUUUCUUUUUCCACAACAGAGUUUAUAAACUUUAGAAGUUCAUAAUAGAGGUUUUUCACCAAAAACACAAUUUAAAUAUGUAAAGAACAAAACAAGCAGACAUUAGAUAUGUUCCUUUGUAUUGAUAUUAGCAAAAACCAGGAGAAACUCACAGGUGAAUUAUUAAUGUUCAUGCCUAAAGGAACAAACAAAACCAAUAGUUACAAGGAGUAGUUUCUUUGCUUUGUCAUUUACAGUCCAUGAAAGGGCAAAUAAAAGCAUCAUAGCCUUUCUAUAGGUGGGGAAAAAAACAUAAUUUUAUAUUCCUGCUGCAGAUUUACACAGUGAGUGAAUGUUUUCUGUUUUUCAAACCCCUCUCUGGUUUGUACGGGUCAAAACUACCAAAAAAGUAAGACACAUCAAUUUGUCCACAGAGGCUUUAAAAUCUGCAUUAAGGGAAAGUUCAGUUUGUGUUCAUCAGGCAUCUUGUUGUAACUGUUUUUCUUCACUGAUGUAGUCCUACAGAGUUUUCAUGAAGACUUUCAAACAGCUUUUUUUGUUUAACAGUGUAGUCUUUGUGUCACUCGUCAUGAAUAUUUGUCCCGUGACGAGUCAAAGAGGGAUGAUCGAGCAGCUUACUGUGACUCACUUUUUCUUACACUAACCCUGCAGCAGUGAUGAUAGGCCCAUAAACAGCUUUACAGAUACAGUCAUUCAUGCUGUUAAUGAUCUUGUUUGACUUCAUAGGUCAUAUUGUGACAUCAGGAGAAAUUCCAAUCAGCUUCACAAACACUUAGAAACUUCUCACAGAAGUUUUAAAAUAGUCAAAUAAUGACGCUGAAAUGACUCUGUCCAUGAAACUUACUGUUGUGUUGUUUUUGUUGUAGAUGAAUAUGAAGAAGCCAUCAAGGUAAGAAACACUAUUUUUAGCUCAUUUCAAAAGCACAUGAAUGGCGAGGUAGAGGAAAUCAGUCAGUCAAGUGAGAAGGGAAAAGGCUUUGUUUGAAUUGGCUGAAUAUUUCUAUGUACACAACAAAACAAGAGGAAGAAUGUGGUCAGGGUCCAUUCUGGUUGGUUUAGAUAUGUUCCAUUCACAGUACAAUAGGAGUGAGAAAACGUCUUUUAACAGACCUGAAGUCAGGUUUCGAGAGAGAAGCAAUAAAGCAGCCAACACCACUUGGCAGGAAGGUUAAAGUUAGCUCUCAGGGGAUUAAAAAGUCUGUUGAGUAUGGAAAUGACACGGCCUCACAGCAUGGUGUCAAACAAACGCAUGAAAAAGAGAUCACCACAGGGGUGACUUCAGACUUUGAUUAGCACUGUCUGAACCGAUGAAAGAAGCUUUGUUUCUAUUCUGAAUUUACAAGAGUGUGUUGAAGCCUAGCGGAUAAGUGUUGAACGAAUGAGGUGUUUAAUGUCAAUAAUCAACAAAUCAGAUUUAAAAAAAGAGAUUUAUUUUUGAGGGUUUCUUUUCCACAGAGGCGUUCAUGCAUUAUUAUGUAACAGGGAUGUGUGACUGCCCUUCAAAACAAACACAAGGGAAAUAUGUUACUGAUCCAGUGGAGCAGCUUUCACAUAGUAACAGUCGACACAGUACAGAGAGGAAAACAAAGACUGGACAUCACGUUUUGCAAAGUCACGUCAUAAUAUCUAGAUGUAAAUGAUCUUUUUUACAUUUUGUAUUAAGUGAGUCUCCUGUCGUGUGUUUGUGUUUCUUGUUGGCAUGUUUACAGAGCGCAGAGAAGCAGGGGAACCAGCUGCACAUGAACGUGUACAAGAUGAAAGGGCAGGCAUGUGGAGGCCCUCUGAAGACAGAGGUGAAGGAGCUGAAAGGAGACCUCCGCCCUGCUCCUCCUUAUCCCUCCAGAGUCAAAACAGUGGACAAAGGCACACAGGUCACCCCAGAGAGAGAAGCUGUAAGGAUGCUCCUCCUCUGUCACUUCUAGUUUUCUGUUACAUGUGCAGAAUCACUUCAUCAAACACAGGAUUACUCUUUAAAGGGGAAAAACUGCAGGGAAAGAAACAAACCACUACAUAAAAGAUUUGAUGUUGUUAACAUUCAAGUUCACACAGUUUCAAGUAAUUAAUCUUCAUAUUUACAAAGUGGAAAUGACAAAAUUGAACUCCUCAUUUGCACCAUUUUGUGUAACAUCAGAGCGCUGCACUUGCUUGGAUCUGACGUAAGUCUGAUGUGUGUUUAUUACAGGUCACAGUGAAGGACAACAAGGGGAACAAACCAGAAGAUGAGCCUCCUCCCAUGUGGUUUAGAUCAUACAUGGAGAAGGUAAGAUUUGAGACUGAAUUUCCUGCUUUUAAUUAAAAUCAAAAAGUAACAUUUACUAACAAAAGUUAAACUUUUUUUCAUAGUUUAAAGACGAGGUGGUGAAAGAGGUGGUGGAAAGGAUGUGCAGUGACUUUUCCGGUCAGUGUUGUACCCACAAAGCCUCUGAUGGGCCCCUGGAGGCCAGCGGGGCCACUGGCGGCCUUAUGGGGCCCAGGCCUGGCCCUUCCACCUCAAAUGGAUCUCUUGGCUACACCCCCAACUGCAGCAGCUGCAACAAACUCACCUCUGAAGGGGCUUACAAGUGCAGGUAGGCAUCAGAAAAGAUGGUUUUCAGAGUGUCUCACCAGAUUUGUUCAGAUUUUUAAUUUCUUAAUGACCUUUUUUAUAAUCUCAUUUCCAUAAGGGUUUGUAAUCUGUGUGAGAGGAUAAUAAAAACAGGUUUUUGAUGAUAUAAAGCCUUCGUUUUAAUUGAAAUAGUGCAAACAAUGUUCAAAGGAAAUACUUUGUUUUAUUGGAAACAUGUUAAAUGUGAUUCCAGAAAACACCCCCCAACUAUUAACAUAGAUAUUUAACAGGUUUGUAAGACGACUGGAUUUGAAAGGAUAUUAAAGAGAGGCCGAGUCUGUCACAGUUAUGAAGGGAAGAGUUUCAUCACUCUCUGAGAGACUGUUCAGGGGAAAAGUUAAAGGGUUUCACAAUAAUGUGGAGGAUUUCUGAGGACUUUGUUACAAAACACAGAGAAAAGGUUCAGAGAAUCUACAGAAAUCUCCAAUAACUGAGACUGGAGGACCUUAACCGGCAGACCCUGAAGCAGCACUGACUUAAAAACAGACUUGACCACGAUUGGAAAUCACUGCAUGGACUCAAACUCACCUAGAUAUCAUUGCGUGUGAACGCAUUCACAAAUGAGCUGCAAAGAGGAAACUUUUUCUAUCGAUAACUUCUUCUCUAUUUACAUUUCAAUUCAUUUUUGCAUUUUCUCUUUUUCCUAAAGCAACUGUGUGUCUUUACCGACUGUUUCUUGUGUUUCUUCCCAAGUGUAUGCCCGUCCUGCAUCCUGUGUGAGAUGUGCCGACACAGCCAUGACCCCAGCCACAACCUUGUGAGAACCAAGACACCUCUCUCCAUCCCUGAGCACGGCAUGUCAGGAGAGUUGAGGUAAACCCCCCCAAGACUGAGGAUAGACCUCCGUACUUCUUCUUGAAGCAAAGAGACAUUUUACUUACAUAAGUGCUAGCUCUCUUUUCUGGUCACUUUUUCUGUGUUAGUGAUGGACAACGUUAGUCAUAGAUGCAAAGCAGGACUGAAAACAUGUUUUAGCAGCUACGUAACUGUAAAUGAUUUUUGUGAAAGUGUGUUUUGUUCUUGGAAAAUAAACAUUUGAUAGUCAACAAAUAGGUGUUCCUGAUGACAUUUCAAACCAGGUUUCCAAGGCGAGGAGACAGGACAGUGCGCAAGGCCGAGCGACAGCGCCUCAAAGCUGAAAGGAGGCAGCUCAGAGCUGAAGUGAAGGAAAUCAAGAAGAAACUGAGACUGGAGAAGAGGGGGCUGCAGUGGAGCGGGCCCUCUACCUCAGGCAGAGCCAACCUGACAAACACGGCCUCCGCUUCCACCCAGGUCCCAGCUCUGCCCCCCCCUGCUGCCUCAGAAACAGCCUCAGGUCCAGCACCAGCCCAAGGUCCCAUCCCCGCCCCGGUCCCUGACCCCCAGGCCUCCAGUCCAGAGUAAGCGCCACCGCGGAAGGGCGUCCGCCAGUGCUGGGUACCUCGAAACCCAGCAUGGAUGCAAUAAAGUCUUUUUUUCCAAGAAAAGAAAUCAAAAUAUGCCAUCUUUGUAAUCUAGUCUGUAUGAGUGUAUCGCUGGCUGCUCUGGGGUGGUGGAAAUGUUGGAACUACCUCAAUGUGAAAACUGCUGCUGCUGCUUCAUAGAUUUUCUAAGAAAAAUUGCUUUUGAGCUGCAAAAAAAAAUCUGGGGUCCUGCUUUUUUGAUUCGUAGAGAACAAAAAGAGAUGGGUGUUAUAAGAAACCAGGGCUAUUUUCAACAAUGCUCUGUACACUUGAAACUAGGGGUCCCGGGGUCUCGCACACGUCCUUGGUGCCCACUAUGGCUGCGUUGUUUCUGGAUGAAAAUCUGCCGGACGGCACCCGUCUGGAGCCUGGAACCAAGUUCAUCAAAUACUGGAAGAUGAGGAACUCGGGCACUAUCAGCUGGACCUCAGAGACUAAGGUACCCCUCCCACCCGCCGAGAGGACAGGCCCCACUCUCUCUUUGCCCCCCCCGCUUCACUUCCACUCUGAGCCCACACUCAGCUCAUAAGCUACUUUCUUAUCUUCUAACACCAGCUUAGAUUUCUUACCCAGCCUAAUACGACUAAUGCCCCUUCUGUCUGAGAUUUUUUGAUUUGAUUCAGUUGAUUCUGUGUCGUCGUUUAAGUUUUUGAGUCUGUCGUCUGAGUGUGAGUGAGUGAGGCCUUUUUCCUUCUCUUGAGUGUGUAUUUUUUGUUUCUUUUUUGGUUGCAUGCUUUUGUCUUUGUGCCUUUUCGCAUGUGUAUUCCUAUUUUGUGUUCUGUGUAUGUGUGUACGUGCACCCAGCUAGUGUUCAUGUGGGGGAACCUCGGCCUGGCGUCAGAGGAGCGGAGGGAGGUGCCGGUCCCCCUGCUGCUGCCCGGACAGGUGGGAGUGGUCAGUGUGGCCUUUGUGGCUCCUGUGAUGGAGGGGACGUACACCUCCCACUGGCGGCUGGCGCACUGCGGUUGUCAGUUUGGCCCGCGUGUGUGGUGCAGCAUCGUGGUCGACCCUGGCGACAGCCGCAACACACUCGGGCAUCAGAGCAAACGACUGGCAAGUUUGAAACCUGCUGACUCCCUGUACUGAAAACACCCAGAUUAUGACUUUGAAUGUGUCGGUGCUGCUUUUAAAGCUCCUGUGAAGAGUUUCUAACUGGUCAUGAAUACAAAUGAUAUCAGGGUUUAUUGCUUUGUAUGACUGAACGAUAAAAAAAAAUCACUUUUACAGCCCUGGACGGUUUAUUUUAAAUGUAUUUUUUGUUCUUUCAUCUGACGAGUUCCCUAGCAACACAACCAUGCUAUCCAACCUCUGGAUAAGUGCUUCGUUUGAGUUACCUAGGAAGUCAGAUGUUGGAGCUCAAAAUGACAUCACACCCGAGUUACCAGUGUUUCUUAUACCAGGUCAGAAAAAGCAAAAUCGGAGGCGAAAACAAGAUGGCUACAUCUACCAAAGUUAUUUUAGCGCUUGCCUUGUUCUUGUUAUAUUCGGACAAGUGCUAAAACAACUUUCGUAGAUCUUGCCAUCUUGUUUCCGUCUUCAAUUUAGCUUAUUUCUGACUUGGUAACUGAAACGCUGGUAACUUGGGUGUGAUGUCAUUUUCAGCUCCAACAUCUGACCUCCAAGGUAGCUCGAACGCAGCAUAAAGCCCACUGCAAACACUGGAGCACGCUCGUAACGCCAAGGCCAGUUCCUGUCAGACUGAAAAUCCAUCUCUAGCCUUAUUAUCCUUGAAUAUUAGCCUGACUAUGAGAGGUUUGAUUCCAGUGCGAUUUCUAAUAUGUUGAUAAGUUCAGUUUCAGUCAGACUAAGUGGAUAAAUCGAUAUUUUUUAACAACAUGUAAAAAUACUGAUGGAUCGAACAAAAUCAACAAAAAAUAAUGUGUUUUUAUUUUGUCACAUGAUGAGCCAGAGUUCCUCACAGGAGCUUUAAUCUUUACUUUCUUGUAAUUUAUCUGUAUAGACUUUUUAAUUUUUUUUUACUAUGUUGUGUUCAGGUAUAUUUACUACAGGGAUAAUGAUUUUACAUGAAACCCACUGCACAAGAUUCUUAUAACACAACACUUACCCUGAGAUUUAUUUAGUCAUUUUGCUGGGAAGAGAAUAAAACAUGAGUCAUAAAUUAUUAUUAUUUUAACUCAAACCUUGUAGAUUUACGAGUUCAAAUUAUACGAAUAAGGAAAGAUCAGUCAGAAAUGUUUAGUCAGAUGUAUCACAGUGUGGGCAGAAAACAACAUCACACUUUACAUUAAGUUAAUUAACUGAGGUGUCCUCUGAUUAUUAUUGAUGAUAUAUAAGAAGAGAAAAGAUAUAGACAUAACAUAUAUAUUGACAAACAAACAGCUGGUUUUAGAGACACGUGAAUAUCACGUGACAACUUGAACAUGAAGAGUUUUUAAUACAGCCGACUAGGAGCAAACAACCUAAAACAAACAGGUGAAAAUGGCCUCCGCCCUUAAAGGCUGCAACAGUCAAAUCCUGGUCAACACAUCACUGUCAGAGUCGAACAAUCAUAACUGCUGCUGUUGUUCUUUGUUUUCACUCUUGAGAAUAUUUUAACGUGACUUUUGUAGGUAUCUAAAUAAUUUCUUCAAUGUGUCUAAUGGUUAACAUUUAAAGCUACUAUAAGGAGUUUUUAUGGUUAUAAUAAAGACUAAAAUCAAUGCCAAUGUCUUUUUAAGGGGCCAAAAAAAAGCAAACAAGAUCUUUUGGGGCAAGAUUUCAUCUAUUUCGAUGAUUAUUUUGAAUCCUGUAAAAGCCGCCGUGAGGGGGUAGGUGUCAUGCGAGGCAGGUAACAGCAGCCUUAAGAAACAGCCUUUUGUUUAUCAUUUUCAAAGCAACUUUUGAAGUUUUGUGCAAACACUACAGGAUCAGAUUAGCAAAGGGGGAAGAUGUACAACUUUGUCCACAGGGGGCGCCAAACUCCCUCAGUGCAAAAUUUCUACACAGGAGCUUUAACGUAGGAGAGUCAAAUUGAACAUUUUGGUAAAGUUCAGUGAUUGGAGUCUAAUAAACGGUCGUGCUUGUGUGCUCACUAUAUUCACACUGAUGAUGCUGUCAUUGUUUGUGCUUCAGAGGGAGGAGGCAAAGCCAGCAGAGAAGAAGAAGGAGGUCAGGUCUAAGGACAGCGGCCCCGGCUUUGCUGUAGACUUGAACCAUGAAGACCUGUACUUCCCUUCAGUAGACCUGCUUACUGCACAGGUGCACACUCACACUCCAUUUACACAACCACGACUACUACAUGCACUUCUCACAGUGUCAGGAUAACGUCGUUCUCAUGAUGUGUCUCCUGCUUUAUAGGAUCUACUCUCAUUUGAGUUGUUGGAUAUAAAUAUUGUUCAAGAGUUGGAGAAGGUUCCUAACAACACACCUGUGGGUAAGCAAAAAAGACGCUUUAAAACACACAUUUCUUCCUUCUGUAUUUUAAAUAUCCGAGUGUUCAGUUGUGAUGCAUUCCUGCUUUUCACUUUUACAUGUAAAGACUGUAAAUUGUGUUCGUUCUGCCUCUGUUGCAGCUUUGACACCCUGCAUAUCUCCUCUGCCUCACGAUGUACCAGUGUCAGACAAGGCCCUCACUUCACAGCUGAAGGAUGACACAGAGGUCACAGGGGUCAGAAAGCUUUUCGGUGAGACAAUUUUUAAACUUGAAAACUCCUGGAAUCAUUUUCUCUCGAUAGUAUUAGGGACUUUUUUGACAUGUACUUUAAUAUUUUUAUCUAUUCACACAAAGGAAGCAGGAUUUACGACCUAUUCUGCAGUCUGCCAUUAGAGGGAGCUCCAAGUGUUUUGGCUUCUCUCUUGAAGGGCUUUUAUGUCAUUUAUGGUUUAAUACAGUCCAUGCUUAGAGCUAAAGACUACAUAUUUCUGAAGAUGUAGAACAACAGACGUAACAUCCUCUGACCUCAGACUGUUUUGUUCUUGUGAAUUGUGUGUGUUAUUAAAGCUAAUUUUUUGUGUUGUGUUUUGUCAAGGAGUGAAGCCCAGGCAGCAGAGGGAGCAGCCGGAGCCCGUAGCCCAGGAGGAGGACCGGGAGGAGGAUAUCAGCGGAGCUCAGUUCCUCUGCGAGACUGUCAUCCGCUCCCUCACCUUGGAGGAAGCCCCUGAUCACAGACCCCUGCGCAGAGCCCAGCACAGCAGCCUCAAACCAAAGGGUGAGGAGGAUUAGUCCGACUUAACCAUGCUCAUACUUGAUGGCAGAAAGAUCUAAAAAGCUGUUAAUAUCUUUAGAUUCAAGUCCUGCUCUCUUAAAGGUUCCCUGUGGUUUUUAUUCUCUUACAUCGCAGUUGUCUCUCGGGGUCCCAGCUUUCGCUCUGAGAAACCUGUAGACGUAGAGAAGACGGAGAAAAUGCAAGAAGCAAAAGAGGAGGUCUGUGCCGUUAGACUCGAGAGUUCAUUUCUGCCGCCAAGCUCCGGGCUCAACCAGAUCACCAGGGAAGAUGAGACAAAACCAGGUCAGUCCAACUUCUAGGAUUCAUAUUUCUGCAGUCAGGCUUUCAGUUCUCUCUUAUUUCUCCCCACCAUGUUGCCUUUAAAACAAAAAUAAUCAAAAAACAUCUCUUUUUUCCUUUUCAGUUCAUCUGCUGGAACCAACAAGUGAAAACCUGCAGAUCAGCUCACCUCCUGAUAGAGAGGAUGAAGAGGUCAUGGUCUUGAAUGAGAUGCAGAACAUGAGAGGCCCCCAAGAAGAGAGAGAGGGGGGUGGCAACAAAGGAGAAGACUGGGAAGAGGUGAGGUCUUAGCCGUUUUAGACUAAAAUCUGAAUCAAUUUAGACAGCUGCAAAAUAUGCUCCUUGUAACGGUGGAGUCAUGUGGUGUUGUCGAGGACGGAGGGAUAUUUUACAGCUAAUCGGGUUAAUUCGCAACAGGUUAGUAACAUGACUGGGCACUCUGGAGCGGCAGAGUCUCUCAGAUAAGGAGGAGUACAGGUUGAUCGCUCUGUCAGAGAAUUUAUGAGCAAAUAGCAAACACAAAAGAUUUCAGCAUUUAGAGUUCAAAAUAUCACAACAAGAUUCAGAUAAUCUGGUGAAAUCUCUUUGCAAAGUGACAAAACUGGGACUAAAUGGUUGUGAAAUCACUGUAGAAGCUAAAACACAUUAAAACAAAACGUGACGCAGGAACUCUUGCAACUCCACUGGGUUCAAAAUGGACUGAGCCGAAGUGGAAAACUGUCUUGUGAUCAGACAGACCCAAAUUUUGACUUUCUUUUUGGAAAUCGCGGAUGCCUCCCUGACCGCCCAGCUUCAUCAGUGAUAAUUUCAAAAGCCAGCAUCCCUGAUGGUGUGAGGAUGCAGAAGCCCCUAUGGCACGGCUAAUUUACACAUUUAGGAACACUGGUGCUGAAUGACAUCUACAGGUAUUUAAGUGACAUAUGUUGCCACCCAGACGACGUAUAUUCCGGAAAGACCUUCAAAUUUAGGCAAGAUAACACCACAGCAAAACCACAGUUUUUUGCAGCAAAAAAAAACUACAUCUUAAGCUGCUUUUGUGCAAUGCAUCCUGGGAAAUGAAGGCACAACUGGUGGCACCUUCAGUAGAAAGACCUUGAUUCAUCAAGUCUCGAAGCAUGACUUGACAUAAGCUGACUAAAUAUUUAAACUGCACUGAUUUCAGAUUGAUACAAAAAUAGCGAGCAUGGUUAAGAUCUGGGAGCUUAGAAAAAAGGUGAUAAAAGGCAAAUCAAGAGUCUAAGGAGUGCUGUGGUUAAAAUAACAUAAUUUUACAAUGAUACCUUCAAAGACGUUACCAUGCCUGUUCAGUCACCUUCCUCUCUCCCUGCGUCUCAGGUCAGCAGCCAGACCUCCUCAGUCUCCUCCUGCGACGAUUACAUCAUCGUCCUCCCAGACUGCUUUGACACCAGCCGGCCUCUGGGUGAGUCCAUGUACAGCUCUGCCAUGUCACAGCCCGACACCACCACUGCUGCUGCUGCUGCUGCUGCUGUGACUUCAGCUGAUCCAGGCGUAGAGGAGGAGAAAGAGGAGGACUCAGAGCCUGAUGUAGCAGCACCGCUGAGAGAGAGCCAAGAGAGGACAGAGGAGGUGGAUGAAGAGGACACACCUGUAAACACCUGGCUUCCAAUCCUCCCCCCGUCCAUCCACAGCAGUGUGAACCAGAUGCUGUGUGCCUCCCAAACCCUGGACGCUACCACGCUCACCCCUGAAGUGGUGCCACCACCUGUGCUGCCUGAGCCCCUGCUCCCCCCACCGGCCCUGUACUCACCCAGGUCAGACAGAGGAUCAGUCACAUCACAUGAAUGCUGUGAAGUUUAGAAGUCUGACUGCAGGCUUGAAACACACUUUUGCAAAUGUUUGAUAUUUCUACAGUUUUGUUUUUAAUUUUGGGACAGAGGUCGCCUUCCAAAAUUUAAAUUUUAUCAAAAAAUUUCAAAGAUUUUAAAACCAGGUACCUCGUCAUUAACGAGGAGAGACUUGUAAGCAUCCCAAACAGUCUGUAUUGUUGAUUGUUUUAUCAGUUUGUCACAUUUUUUAAGACUCAAAGGAAAAAAAAAAUUGUCCCAUUUUAGAGAUUUGAAUAAAACCACAAACAAUAUUUUCCUUUUAUUAUAUUUACACCCUUGUUGUUUCAUCCUCAUUUGUUUUUUUUUGCAGUGUUGUUUUUGUUGACGAUGACGUUAACGAAACUAUUUCGUCAACGUCAUCGUCAAUGAAAACAACACUGCAGAAUAUAUGUUUAGCGUAUGACUGAUGAACUGCUCAUGAAUUUUGCAACUCUGUUCGUCGUUCACCACUAACGUUUUCGUCUAGUCUUGUCUCGUCAACGUAAACGCACAUUCGUCUCGUCACAUUUUAGUCAUCUAAGACUUAUGUUUAGCUCGUCAACGUCACGUCUUCGUCGUGGAAAAAAAGGAGUGUUGACAAAAACAACACAGUUUUUCUGUAUGUUUCAGGUCUGAAGCACUGUACCUGGCCGAGGACCCCAGUCCUCCUGCCUGUGACCCAUAUGAGCCUCCUCAACCGAGGGUCCACCUAAACUGUGAGUUUCCCUCUCUAAAUCACCUCAUCUGAGUCUUUCACAGUUUAAAAAAUGCACCUCAUUGGGGGGGGGGGUUCAUUAAGGCUUUGGUUUGAGUGGCUUAAAAAUCUCUGCUGACUCACUUCUUGAACAUGACUCAGCGCUGAGGUAUUUCGGGGGGGUUGCUGGCUCUGUCGGAGCACAGAGGAAACAUAUUUUGUCCUCUGUGGGGAGACAGGAAGCAAGCUCGCACAUAGGCUUCAGGAUUUGUUGCUUCAGCAGAACGCUCUGCCCCUCUUCCUCUAAUAUUGUGUGUGUGUGUGUUUGUGUGUGUGUGGUUGUUUUCUCUUUAUUCACUCUGCAGUAUCAUCUGGUGGUCUGUCCAGAUCAGCAGGCUCAGCAUCCAGUGCCUUUGAGACGUAUAACCCCAGACCCAGCAACGCUUUGCAGCCAAGGUGCAAAACAGCAAAGAGUGAAACCUAAUAUGCUUGUUCGUUAAGGAAAUGCUGCUGUUCUAUUUUUAACCCUCUUUAUGACUCUGUGUAACAUGAACAUCCAGCCGCCAACAUUUAAUCUCAUGAGGCAGUUUUUAGACCAUUAAGAAAAGCAGAGAUGCCCCUCUCUUCUUUAAAGAUUGUUGUUUGUUUGUUAAAAAUAGAGCACAAUGUUCUUGACAGUUCUGUUAUGUAACGACCCAAAGUGACCACAUCCUUGUUUUUACACAAGGGGCCAAGGAGGCAUCACAGAAGGAUUCGUCAAGGGGGCCCUUUCUGUGGCAGCAUCUGCUUAUAAAGCCCUCUUCACUGGACCAAACUGUUCAAUACAGGUACAUCACACCAGGAGCUCUAUCUUAUUUUAAAUCUGGUCCACAUUCAUCACAAAAUCCCGCACGGUAUUUCAGAGGUACUACAGGUUUAAGGCAUGUCCAUGUGUGAGAUGUGUUUUUGCAAGAUCUGCGAGGGCUGAAAGCCGUCUGACAUUUGGCGUCAGAAACAGGCACCAAUGUGGAUUUUAGUCUUUUUCAUAGACACCAAAAAUCUCCUCAUUGCAGCUUUAAGUGAGCAAAGAAUUACGAAGAGUUAUUUAUCAUAUUUUGCCAUGCUCUUUUCCUCAUAAAACUUGAUGUCAAGAUCAUGUUUCAGAAAAUUAACAUACAUAGAGGUUUCUUAGUGAACUGACCUCUGGUAUUUUGGCUGCAGGAGUCUUUUUAUACAGUGAGUCACACAAAAUAUGUCGAGCAUGCUCAUCUCUUCAUCAUGGCGUAAACUGACCCAACCCAACUAUUACAGGAAAAGUCCCAUUUCUCAGCAGGUCAGUACAGAUCACCAUCUACUCCCUUCUAAAAUGCGCAAUUCUGGGAUUUUAGACAACCAAAGAUAGCAUGCCAAAAGUACAAGUCUGUUUUAAUGGAGCACUUAUCAGUGACCCACUUUCUCCAAGUCACUCCUAGAGAUAGGACGGCACAUUUAUGACUUUAACUCGACAUUUGUAGAUAAACCAACUCACUGUAAAGCUCUGCUUUGAGGCUUUUUUAGCUUCUUUCAGCUUUUUUAACCAUCUAGUUUCACUCCUCUCAUGAUAUUAUUUGAAACCACAACAGGCUUCUUGUUUUAGCAAAGUGAAGGAUUUGGAAACCCCCCUAAUCAUGACCAAAGAGCUAAUAGAUAAAUCCAGUUAGUGGACAUAAUGGGACGUUUAGCAGCUAAAGAGACAGAUACUGUAUGUCCUUUUAGAGGUUGUUAAAGUCCAGCUCAGCGCUCUGAGGGGAGUAAACAUUUGAAAUGAAUGCUACUGCUAUGUCAGCUGGAUGUCUAAAUAGGUAACUGAUUCACCAUAACAGGUUCAUAAAGUGAUUAAGUGGGAGUGUUACGUUGCUUUAGCUUUAGUCACUCAGCUGUAAUAAGUUGGUUUAAAGAACUGGAUGAAAAUCAUAAUAUUUAAAGCUCCUGUGAGGAACUUACAGCUUGUGUUGGUUUGGCACCCCCUCUGGACAAAGUAGACUUUGCUCAUUUUAUCCCCUACAAGCAGAAAAUCUCAUCCAGCUGACUUUUUAAAUUUAAAUUUACCAUUUAUUGAAAUCAUUGCAUGCAAAGAAAGUAAAAACAGAACUUGAUCUUCAGCUGCUUGGUCGAUACUUACCCUCUCGCACAAGUCAAUAAUCUUGUUUCUGAGGUUCUUGCUUUCAUAGAUCAUAAAGAGGUAUUCAUGUGGAAUAAAGUCUAUUUCAUGAAGGUCAAAAAUUCCUCACAGGACCUUUUAAAAAAAAAAAAAAAACAUCGACAUGAAACUUGAACCUUGAGCCGCUAGUUUUCAGCUCAUAAAUUCUGACUAAAAUCAAAGGUUUUCCUUUACUGACUGCAGACACUUUCUUUUAUUCUUGUCGUCUUUAAGCUCUUCAAGCAUUGUCAACCCCUCUGUGUGUACUCUCCCUUUCCCCCCCCCUGCAGCGAGGCAUCGACCCGGCCACCAGACAGGACCCUUCCAUGAUGGCGAUGCUGCUGGAGAUGGGCUUCAGAGACCAGCGGCUCAACCAGCGGCUGCUGAGGAAGCACGGCUACAGCCUGCUGCACACCGUCAACGAGCUGGUGCAGAUGGCCGAGGACAGCCAGAGCAAAGCUGUCAGCACUCUGCACUGAGGGGUGGGGGAAGGCUGCGAGGUGACGCUUCUUUACUUUAAGGCUUUAAAAAAAAGAGUCACAGGAAGGAGUUUAUUUGACUUUAGAAUAACAUGUAAAAAGAGUAUUUAGAUUAUGAAAUGCGCAACGCUAAACCUUUACAGCAUCUGGCUUUAUAUUGAACCCUGUAAAGACAAAACAAAGAAACCUAUUUAUGAUUCCUGCAGGUUUUAGAUUUCCCAGAUAAGUGACUAAUUUAUUCAGACUGAGAUUAACGAUAAUAAUAAACAAGAAGUCAGUUAAGGUGUAACUUACAAGAUCAUUUAUAAACGGCUUUGCCUCGACUUUAGCUUCAACAUCCUGGUCAAAUUAACCCCACACACACCUGUAAAUGACUAUGAAUAGCUGUUAACCUUUGCCAUGCCUUGUUUACCUUGGCCGUAGAGCCUUCUGUGUUGGUGUAACGCUGCAGGAGCUGUACUCGUGACCAGACAUAAAAAAAGUGCGUGUUCCAGCUCUUCAUCUUCGUGUUCGUGUGGCUGUCGUAGCUGCUUCCUCGGUGCUGAAAAAUAUUUGUUUUUCAACAGGGCUUUGGCUUGAUUCUUCUCACAAAAAGAGCAGUGAAAAAUCGUUGAAUGUCACAAAAAAAAAAGAAGAUAGAAAUGUUCUGAAAAAGCUUGCUCUCAUCGGAGCUUCAUGGAUACUCUGGGUGUUAAGGGUCGGCAGUGCAGUAGUAAGAAAACAUUUAAGACUUCUCUUGAUUAUUGUAGUGAAAUCUGCCUAAACAAUGCAAUCUUUUUCUGUAUCAGAGUACUGUUAUUUUAGACGUUGACAUGUGGAAUGUAUUCUAAACUGUCCAAGCGCUCUGCCGUUCGGACUCGGAUGUUUUCUACCGCUUUUUAGGAGACACCUGCAUGACAGGUAGAGGCUUUAGAGACGAGUCUUGUUCUUGUGGUCUUAGCACAGUCACAGUGGAAAAAAAAAAAAGUGUCUGCUUUGCAUCAUUGUUUAUCUCCCCUGCCUGCAUUUUCACAUCCUCAUCCAGCCAAAACUCCUCCUUAAAAAAAUAAACCUAGCACUUAACCAAGCUGAGAUGUCUCUGACUACACAUUCCUUAAUCUCAUAGUGGAACCAAGACUAUUUUAUUUCAUGACAUUGCCUUUUUAAAGUAUGAUUAUUAGUUUACUGACUUCUACAUACAUGUGGUGGUUUGACAUUUGUGGUGUGAGUGCAGAUUUACGUAAAUGUGCGCCUCUGUUUCUUGAUUUAUUCCUCUCUUCGUGUGUGUGUGUGUGCGUGAGGGUUGAGGAGUUUUUGAACCAUAUUUCUUUACGUUUAUGAUCAUCUGUGUUGAAAAAAAUCUUGCUCUAGAGAAUAAUUCUGAAUAUAUCUACUGCUGUAUGCUUGUCAAAUUAUUCUUCUGCCACAGAGUGUACACAUGAUGAAAUACCCUUCGACUGUCAAUCCGCCAAUAAACUAUUUGCACAUCUCAUUUUUCUCUCAGC